AUGAGCGAGCGACAGAAGACGUCUCGCCUUGGCCAAAAUUUAUUCGGUGCCUUUGCCCUCUGCGCCGGACUGGGCAUUGGAGCGGCCUAUCUCAACUUUGAAUCCGAAGAUCUCUCGUCCCGUGUCAUCAGCCGCCAGUCACGUGAAAUCCCCGACAUUCCGAUCGAAAAACUCCAAGACACUGUCCAAUACAACCUCCGCAAACUCAAAAUGGUGGAAGAAGACCUCGACGAAGAAUACAGAGACGACUCCCUUUUGGAAGAAACGACGACUCAGGAAUCAACAACAGCAACGACGACUCAAGGAUCAACGACCGAAACGACGACAGAAAAACUGUCCGAGCGAUUGAGCUGCGUUGCUCCAGCGACUCAAGAUUGGAGCAUAAAGGUAGACCCGAUUUACGAAACUAACCCUUCUAGAUUCCUUCUCCCUGCUCUGAUCUGGGGACCAAUGAACCAGGUUGAGGGCUUUCGGGAGACGAUUGCCAUGGCAAUUGCGCUCAACAGAACAUUCGUGAUUCCUCCAAUGUAUCGUCACUUUACGGACGACAACGAUCCAAACGGCAUUGUUGAUGCCGGGGUAAGAAUAGACAUUGGAAAGGUUAGGCAGCUCGUCAGCACAAUCGACUUUCACAACUUGCCGAAAAACGAGGUCGAUGAUGUUUUGGUCGCCAGAGGACUCGGUGGAGAGGGCGGAAAAGGAUCAACUCCUUCUGCUUCCCGCCUUGGUCGAGUAAAGAAAUUCGAAUCAACAACUGGUCUUGAGAUGGUCAACUGGUCCGCUGUCAAGGGCUCCCACGGCGAAGCUAUGCAAAACUACUUUGGUCCAAAGGUUCUUCCAGAAGAUGCGACGCUAGAAACUGACUUGCGGAAUGAAUAUUCGACGACGAAAUGGGACGAGCUGUAUCCAUCAGACUCGGAGUUGGCAGUGAUGCUCUUUCCUUACCUCACGGCUCACUCUAAAAACGACAAAAAUGACAUAAUUGGUCGAAAUAUCAUCCACUACACGCCAAGACCGGAGUUCGUCAGAAACAUGGCUGUUGAUUUUCUCGGCGAAUCUUCUGUUUCAGGAGAAUAUGUUGCAAUCCACUACCGCUUCGAUAAAGAAGACUGGGAACGCAGCUGCUCAAAGGAAUCGCGAAAUGCCAACCGAAACGCCAACCGCUCGAAAAUCUGCUCGAUUGUGAUGAACAUGACGGCUGAUAAGUUCGCUCUCUCCCUCGCCAGCUUUUUGGAGUCGAGAAUUCCAAAAGCAAGCGAUGAUGUCAUCUUUUACGUCGCAACACCUACUCAGCAACAACAAUUUAUUGCUGAAGUUGUUGGCUUGACGCAGACGAUUUUGAGGAGCAAAUAUCCUGGAAGAAAGAUUAAUGGAAAGUCGACGGCUGACAGCUUGAAAUACGUUGAGGGAUCAUACGCAAACUGCGAUUUCUUGGAGAAAAAUAUGCACGAAGUAUUUUCCCUUUUCGAGCAAGAAAUUUGCUUCAAAUCGGGACACUUCAUUUUCGCCGACUCUUCUUCCUGGUCCGGUUCAAUCAGACGCGAACGCCGCGUAAUUCCAUCAUCCUCCAGCGACCUCGGAAUCCUCGAAAUGCUUGAACACUAUCCCACUUCCGCCUCUUCAUCUGACGCCCACCAAAAAUUAUAA